AUGGAAGACCACAGUAGUAGCAUGACUGACAAUUCUUUACAAAAGCUCUUUAAAGGUCAAACACUUAUAUCCUCAUACUUUACUAGUAUGUCCAAAGAGGUUACACAGGUUUCAGUCCAAUCAGACUCCAAUCAGACACAAAUUGAAGCUCAAAUUCAACCAAAAGAAACUGCCGAAGUCGAACAAACUACAGAAGCUCAAGUUGUUUCAGUCCAAUCAGACUCCAAUCAGACACAAAUUGAAGCUCAAAUUCAACCAAAAGAAACUGCCGAAGUCGAACAAACUACAGAAGCUCAAGUUGUUUCAGUCCAAUCAGACUCCAAUCAGACACAAAUUGAAGCUCAAAUUCAACCAAAAGAAACUGCCGAAGUCGAACAAACUACAGAAGCUCAAGUUGUUUCAGUCCAAUCAGACUCCAAUCAGACACAAAUUGAAGCUCAAAUUCAACUAAAAACUUACACUCCUACAGAACCAGAAGGUGUCUUCUCAUUCUCAACAACAGAAGCAAGAUAUAGAAGACUCAUUGCAGAUUAUCCAAACAAUUUGUCCUUAACAGACAACAAUGACUAUGAUAGAUAUUUCAAAAGUAUAAUAAAACCAGUCGAAACAUUAGAAAACAAAGUUCAAAACCCGACAGUAAUGGUUGACUUUUUCUUGUCGAAUUUGCCUUAUGUUUCAACUAUGAUAUCUCUUCAAGCAAUUGACGAAUUCAUUAUUUGCUGUGAACCAAACUUAAGAGAACAGUUAUAUGAAACACUCAAAGACUUUCGUCCUUAUCCUUUAACUUACAAUUGGAAAGAAGAUGAAAACAAACACGGUUCUUUCUCCUGGAAUCUUUCCAUUGUUGCUCCAGCUGGUGUAGCUGCACAUCCAUUCGAAAUAUAUCCAAAAUUGCAUUACGAAAACAAUAUGCAUAUUAUAACAACAGCCGCUUUAGAUAUUAUUGAACGGAUACCAGAUGGAGAAGAAGUUUCAAUAAUAUCUGUUCAAGCAAACCGAGUUGCAAUGCCACUUACAGUAUGCAAAUUCACUCACUCAAGCAGACAAUUCUAUCAAAAUCUUGAGUUCGUUUUUACUGGCACAGCCAAAAUGCUUCUCAAAAAACCAGAACAAACCAAAAUAACCAUCUUCUUAUCUGGUUAUUGUGAAGAUGAAGACAAUUCGGACGAAGAAGAAGAAGAGGAGGAAACAAGCGAAGACUCAGACGAUAUCCAGUUCAUUUCCAUCCAUAAAAAACAUUAA